CAUCAUCGAGUGAACCUGUGUCAUUGCCUGUAGUGGUUUUGAUUCUGAACAUACCUCUCGUUUGAAGAUGCACUAGCUCAAGACAUCAAAAAGUCAUUGUUAUUUUCUUGAAGUUUGUUUUUGGUACUAUGGCAUCAGGGAAAGAAAUCCUCGGUCUUGAUAAUCUUGCAUUUGAUAUUGGGGAUCAAGUCAAUGAUCAGGCCAGACAAAAGGAGGGAAAAACAAGUGGGCGCAGCUGUGUGGCAGAAGAAAACAGAAAUAAACCCACCUAUUGUGUAACUGAUGUUCCCUCCUGGCACCUUUGUGGGUUUCUGGCCAUUCAGCAUUACCUGACAGCAUUCGGUGGGAUCCUCUCUAUCCCUCUCAUUUUGUCGGAGGGACUGUGUCUGCAGCACGACAGCCUAACGCAGAGUCGCCUUAUUAACACCAUUUUCUUCGUCUCUGGUCUGUGCACCCUGCUGCAGGUCACCUUCGGUGUCAGGCUUCCCAUCCUACAGGGUGGUACAUUCGCUUUGCUAACACCUGCGAUGGUCAUGUUGUCCAUGCCGGAGUGGGAGUGCCCUGCUUGGACCCAGAACGCCAGUCUGGUUAACACCUCCUCACCCGCCUUCAUAGAAGUGUGGCAGAGCCGCAUGCAAACACUUCAGGGCUCUAUCAUGGUGGCCUCUCUCCUCCAGAUCCUGGUCGGUUUCUCCGGCCUCAUCGGCUUCCUCAUGCGCUUCAUCGGCCCCUUGACCAUUGCGCCAACAGUCUCUCUCAUAGGACUGUCACUGUACGACUCAGCUGGUGCCAAGCUCGGAAGCCACUGGGGCAUCUCUGCAAUGUCCACAGCGCUGAUCAUCCUAUUUUCCCAGUACCUCCGUGAUGUACCAAUCCCUGUUCCUGCAUACAACAAAGACAGGAAACUGCACACCUCAAAGUUCUUUAUCUUCCAGUCAAUGCCUAUUCUGCUGGGCAUUUUGGUGUCGUGGUUAGUCUGCUACCUCCUUACCAUCUAUGACGUCCUACCGUCUGAUCCAGCCCAAUAUGGCCACCUGGCCCGCACUGACGUGAAGGGUAAUGUGGUGAAUGAGGCGUACUGGUUCACAAUUCCUUAUCCUGGUCAGUGGGGCGUUCCCACUGUGAGCCUGGCGGGUGUGAUGGGCAUCACGGCUGGUAUAAUAUGCUCCAUGGCAGAAUCUGUGGGUGACUACCACGCAUGUGCCAAGCUGUCAGGGGCCCCUCCUCCUCCAAAGCACGCCAUCAACCGGGGCAUUGGUGUCGAAGGACUUGGCUGUUUGUUGGCAGGCGCCUUCGGCACAGGCAAUGGUACUACAUCCUUUAGUGAGAAUGUGGCUGCUCUUGGCAUCACCAAGGUGGGUAGUCGGACGGUGAUUCUCCUGAGUGGAUUUUUCAUGGUUUUGAUGGGGAUGCUGGGUAAAAUUGGAGCCAUCUUCUCGACCAUUCCUACCCCAGUGCUUGGAGGGAUGUUCCUGAUUAUGUUUGGAGUCAUAUCUGCAGCAGGAAUUUCUAACCUGCAGUCCACAGAUAUGAGCUCCUCCAGGAACAUAUUUGUCUUUGGGUUUUCCAUCUUUACUGCACUUGUUGUUCCCAACUGGAUAAUGAAGAAUCCUGAUUUCUUUAACACAGGUGUUAAAGAGCUGGACCAAGUGAUCAACAUAUUGUUGUCCACACAUAUGUUUGUUGGAGGGUUUCUUGGUUUCUUUCUUGAUAACACCAUUCCAGGGACCAAACGUGAGCGUGGUCUAUUAACAUUGGAAGAAUUACAUCUUGAGGACUCGGGCAACACAAUGGAAACUGAAGAGGUGUACAACCUCCCAUUUGGAAUAACCUCUUGUCUAUCCUCUCAGUCUUGGGUUCGUUACGUCCCUUUCUGCCCGUGGAAGGGCCAAAGGACUCUGUCUGAAGACAAUCAGACAUCACAAAGUGAGCCUCUGCCGAAUGGCACAGGGGUCACUGAGGAAUUUGCUUUUUAACAUCUGAACCAGAGUUGGCGUAAUCAAAUAAAAGAUUGAAAAUUGUA